CCUUCUCAAAUCUCAAUAUAUAAACCCCAUGGAACGCAGAAAAAUGAGCUGCACUUUGAUGAUCGAUCACCACGCACCCUGCAUAAAACUCUUGUUCAUCGGGAUCUUCUUCCCACUUCUCACUAAAACCUCGUCAUUCUUAAUUCCAUCACUCUUUUCAAUUCCCCAGUAAUCAAACCUAUAUCAUAUAUAUAUACAGUGCAAGAUCUUAAUUAAAAAGUGAAAGGUGUUUGUGCAUUUGAUGGCUGAGCCUCAUGAAACUGAGUUGUCUACUAGCAACUCGUCUUGCUCGGCGAGCAGCCGCUGCAAACGGCCGAGAGAAGACGGCGCCGCCGGGUGCGGCGGCAAGAGCGGUAAGAGGAGUGAUCUGAAGCAUCCAUCGUACGUGGGCGUGAGAAUGCGGGCCUGGGGGAAAUGGGUGUCGGAGAUCAGGGAGCCCAAGAAGAAAUCUCGGAUCUGGCUCGGGACAUUCGCCACGCCGGAGAUGGCGGCUCGGGCCCACGACGUUGCCGCCCUGUCCAUCAAGGGCGACUCGGCUCUCCUCAACUUCCCCGCGCUCGCCGGGCUGCUGCCCCGACCCGCUACGUCGACCCCGCGCGACGUCCAGGCCGCCGCCGUCAAAGCCGCGCACAUGGACCACCUCGACCCGCCGCCGAAGCCGCCGUCGUCCUCCGCCGCAUCGCUCGCGUCGUCCCCGUCUUCCUCGUCGCUGGUGUCCACCGUCACGUCCGGGGAAGACGCGUCCACUCCGCCGCAGGACGAGGACGAGGACGCCCUGCCGCCCAGCCCGGCCGAGCUGGGCGAGAUAGUCGAGCUGCCCGAGCUGCGAGACAACGCCGAGCCGACCCGGGACGAGUUCAUCUUCGUCGACUCGUACGGAUGGGACUUCUGCCACCCUUGGUCACACCUCGACGACGGCGGUUACGUCGCCGGAGACGGCUUCGACGCCGUACUUUCCGGCGACUUCGACAGCUGCUUGUGGCAGCAUUACUGAGAACCAACAAAUCAAAUGGUGUGCUUAGCUUGCCAUUUUUUUUUUCUUUUUUUCUUUAGAACUUUAUUUCUUUUAGGAGCUAAUAAAUUUGGAAUGUUGAAUGAUAACUCCCUUUUUACCCUUUUACUU